AUGAAGGUUAACGAGGAAAAUCUAGCUAUUAAGAGCGAUUUGGAAGGCGAUGAUUAUGAACGAGAUUUUUACAAUGAAGACGAGGAACGUCAUUUGUUACAACGCGAGUGUGUCUACUUGUUACAACGUUGUUUGGCAGAUUUUCAAACUGGAUUUGCAGAAUUGUUAAGAAGUAGUCAGCGAUCAUUGGAGAAUGUUAGAAAUUUAUUUGAUGAAGGCGUUGACAGACCCGAGACUGGAAUUAACUUGAUUGUCAGGCGAGACGUAGUUGGAGGCGAUAUUUUUGACUGGAGAGAAAUUAACCUGAAUGGAUUGGAAGAAGUUUCUAAUAGAAUAAAACGUAGCGGAAUUGAACAAAUCCAAGUUUUGAAUUCGGAAAAUCGUACGAUCGUUUUGGAUGAGGUUAAAAACUGCAUUGAAAUGCUUCAAGUCUGUAUACCAAGUAGAAUUUUCAAUUUCAAUACAUUAGAUCAUAAACAUCGUCGUGGACAUUAUCCUCGUCCUUUCCUUCCGUUGAAUCAUAUUCAAAUUGACAUGAUUUGCGAUUAUUUGGAAUACAUCAAACAUGGUGAUGCAGAACAAACUGAUGAUGUUCAUAAAAUCACGGGACAAUCUCCUACCAUUUUGAAUUCGGAAAAUCGUACGAUCGUUUUGGAUGAGGUUAAAAACUGCAUUGAAAUGCUUCAAGUCUGUAUACCAAGUAGAAUUUUCAAUUUCAAUACAUUAGAUCAUAAACAUCGUCGUGGACAUUAUCCUCGUCCUUUCCUUCCGUUGAAUCAUAUUCAAAUUGACAUGAUUUGCGAUUAUUUGGAAUACAUCAAACAUGGUGAUGCAGAACAAACUGAUGAUGUUCAUAAAAUCACGGGACAAUCUCCUACCAGUAUUAAAAUAUCCUUUGAGGAUAACUCCGAUGCUUUCCGUCCUCCCUGUGACAGACUUGAUUUCAAAAUGAACAAUAACAACAACAGUAUGACAAAUGCCAGUAAACGAUUGGUCCAGCAACAACGUAAGAAACAACAAAGAGGUCGUGGUGAAAUUACUAGUGAUGAUAGUUUAGAUGGUGGCAAUAGAAAUAAAAGUGGUAGGAAUUAUUAUAACGAGAAUAUUGAUUAUAUUCAACAAACUGAUGAUGUUCAUAAAAUCACGGGACAAUCUCCUACCAGUAUUAAAAUAUUCUUUGAGGAUAACUCCGAUGCUUUCCGUCCUCCCUGUGACAGACUUGAUUUCAAAAUGAACAAUAACAACAACAGUAUGACAAAUGCCAGUAAACGAUUGGUCCAGCAACAACGUAAGAAACAACAAAGAGGUCGUGGUGAAAUUACUAGUGAUGAUAGUUUAGAUGGUGGCAAUAGAAAUAAAAGUGGUAGGAAUUAUUAUAACGAGAAUAUUGAUUAUAUUCGUAGCAGAUUAUAA